UUAUUGGAGCAUUCCAGCCCAGGUCGUUGUGUAGUCCUUACCUUACCAUAUCUCAAUAAAACCAUGAAAUUCGUUAUCUUGACUAUUGUCUGCUUUGCGGUUUUGGUUAAGUCCCAUCGGCUUGGCUUUAGAAGAUUAGGAAAUCACUUCGAAGGAGACUCGGGAUCAGAUUAUGAUACGAAUCUUGGAUCUGACAUUGAGAGAGGACUUGAUAGUGACGCUUCUGCUGUAGCUAAUGCAGAAGCUGUAGCAACCGGUGGUGGAUCGGCAACAGCGAAUGCAAAAGCGAUAGCAAGAGGAUCAGGUGGUGCUAAUGCUGUAGCGAAAGCUGUCGCAAAUUCUAGAGUAGGAGGGUUUAGGCCACGGUCACAAGGUUCUGCAAGUCGUUACGAAAAAGGCACUAGCUUUGGUGAAAAUCAAUAUAACAGUGGUGCUAGCGGUGGAGAAAGUCAAGGCUUCCACAACAAACGCCGGCAAGAUUAUCACGAUCAUAGACGUCAUCAUAGCAGCGUCACCAAAAUCGAGCACGCUGAAACCAGUGACGAACACGACGUUGGCGGCAGUGAGUCUUAUGAUGAAGGCGCUCAUCAAGCAAGUGGGUUUAAUAAACAUGACAAUGGCGCCAGCAGAUUUAUGAAUGACAUGGAAAAAGCCACACAAAUGGAAGCCACUAUAUAAAGCAUUAAGCCAUAUAAUUAUACA